CCUCGGUUUGUUCUACGACGUUCCGCUUCCUCUCAGCCGGGUUCCUCCCCGGGACAAGCGAAGAGCCAAGCCGAGACCACUCCGGGGGGAGAGAGAGAGAGAGGGAGAGAGAGAGAGAGAAAAGUGAGUGUGGUAAAAGGCGAUUUAGUUUUUCACACCUCAGGCAGCGUUAGUGAAAUCUCUGCGGCAAAUCUGGGCUAUUUAAACGGCGUGAAAGUCAGCAGCAGCUGGGCGGAGUUUCGGGAGUUUGGCCGGAGUGCGGUUGAGUUUUUGCGGUUGACAGCAACCGGUGUACGUGUGUGUAGAUGUGUGACAGCGGAGUGUGUGAGGACAAGCCCCCCGCCCCCCCUGUCAGGAUGAGCAGCCAAGGAGGAGCCAAGGACCCCCAGUCAGCCAAUCACAGCUCUCGGCCGCUGCCGUCUGUACCGGAGGAGAGAAAGUCGAGAAACAAGAUCAUAUCCAUGUUUGCCUCUGAGAAAGGAGGCAGGAAGAAAGAUCGGGAUAAGGACAGGCCUGAGAUCUCCUCCCCUUCGGACUUUGAACACACCAUCCAUGUGGGCUUUGAUGCUGUCACUGGAGAGUUCACUGGCAUGCCAGAGCAGUGGGCCCGUCUCCUUCAAACCUCUAACAUCAGUAAAUCAGAGCAGAAACAGAAUCCUCAGGCCGUCCUCGACAUUCUCAAGUUCUACGAUUCCACCAGUGGAAAACAGAAAUACCUCAGUUUUUCCGCCUCGGAUAAAGACUCGCAGUCGCCAGGCAAGCAGGGUACCACAACCUCCCCGUCAGGCGGCAAGGAUGGCGACGAUGAUGACGAUGACGAUACACCACCCCCAGUUGUGGCACCGCGGCCAGAACACACAAAAUCAGUGUACACGAGGUCGGUGAUAGACCCACUUCCAGCUCCAGAGGGAGACGCAGCCUCCAAGGCAGCUGACAAACAGAAGAAGAAGGGGGGCAAGAUGACCGAUGAGGAAAUCAUGGAGAAGCUCAGAACGAUUGUCAGUAUUGGAGAUCCUAAGAAGAAAUAUACUCGCUAUGAGAAGAUCGGCCAGGGGGCAUCUGGAACAGUUUACACAGCUAUAGAUGUUGCGACAGGACAAGAGGUGGCCAUCAAACAGAUCAACUUGCAGAAGCAGCCAAAGAAAGAGCUAAUCAUCAACGAGAUCCUGGUCAUGAAGGAGCUGAAGAACCCCAACAUUGUCAAUUUCGUAGACAGUUUCCUUGUAGGAGAUGAGCUUUUUGUGGUGAUGGAGUAUUUGGCUGGUGGUUCCCUAACUGAUGUUGUGACGGAGACGUGCAUGGACGAAGCUCAGAUCGCCGCCGUGUGCAGAGAGGUCCUCCAGGCUCUGGAGUUUCUUCAUGCCAACCAGGUCAUCCAUAGAGACAUCAAGAGUGACAAUGUACUGCUGGGGAUGGACGGAUCAGUCAAACUCACUGACUUUGGCUUCUGUGCCCAGAUCACACCAGAGCAGAGUAAACGCAGCACCAUGGUGGGGACUCCGUACUGGAUGGCUCCCGAGGUGGUGACCAGGAAAGCCUACGGACCCAAAGUGGACAUUUGGUCUCUGGGGAUUAUGGCCAUAGAGAUGGUGGAGGGAGAGCCUCCAUAUCUCAACGAGAACCCUCUCAGGGCUUUGUAUUUAAUUGCCACCAACGGGACUCCUGAGCUGCAGAGUCCAGAGAAGCUGUCUCCUGUCUUCAGAUCCUUCCUGUCCCGCUGUCUGGAGAUGGAUGUGGAGAAACGAGGAUCGGGCCGAGAACUGCUGCAGCAUCCUUUCCUGAAGCUGGCCAAGCCUCUGUCCAGUCUUACCCCCCUCAUCCUGGCAGCCAAGGAGGCCAUGAGGAGCAACCGCUAAAUCCCAGUCUCUAAAGACUAUGAGAGCUUUCGCCAGUGACAGCCAAACCAACCAGCAUCUCCUACUGGUCUACGUAUGACAGUCGUCAGCAACCUGCUAGUGUUUUUUUUUUUUUUUUGUUUUUUCAAAGAGUCAUAAAAUGCCUCUCGACUCUUCCCAGUGUUUCUGUACUGAUGCCAGAUUAAUCGUACCCUCUGUGCCUUUUUCUAAAACUGCAGGCAGCCAUAAUGUCUGUCGCAGCCAUAGCAUGUGUAUGUUGUUGAUGUUGACACUGGUUACUAUGCAUAUCAGCAACACAGGAUCACUGUUGUUAAGGUUCAAGACUCUUUGCACACCAAGGAACAUUCACAAAGGUUUUUUUUUCUUUAUCUUAAGACCUCUUCACAAAGCUGCUGAAAGCAACUAUUCCUGAGAAGCUGAGAAACAUGGACAACGUUACACGUAACUGUGUCCUGAAUCCAUACUACAUGGUAGUUCAAAGCAGGUUUUAAGGAAUGUGGGCAGGCCUCAGUUGGAAAAGGGUGAUGUUACUCAUUUCCCUGCACCAAGAGGGAUUUUGCAACAUGAAUUUGUCCAGAUUUCUUUUUUUUUUUUGAGGGUGUCUGCCCUCUGGUGGCAGUUUAGGGUGUUACCAAGACUUAAAACACACUAUCAGUUCAAGCUGGUAUCUAAUUUUUGCCUUAGAAUAUUUUACAAAUAAGGAAAUCUUAUAAAAUAUUAAACAUUCUUUGAAUCAAAUUAAAGAGUUUUUUGACAUGAUCAGACAUGCUCAUCUUGAGGAUAACGAUAGUGAGGAUUCUUGGUGUAUGGAGAUACUUGGACCUUUGCAACUGGCUUUCUGUGGUUGUUGCUAUGGUUACACAUGUGCAUUACGACAGGGUCCAAUAGGUUAGAAAGUGUACUGUGGCCCUGCCUGGGACAAUGCAGUCUUUGUGCAGUGGAAAAAGCCAUUAAAGUGUCCUUGUUUGACCUUGGAUCUCACUGGAAAUUAACCCAUUCCAGUAAAGGGAUGGGAUUUAGUUUUUCUUCAGUCUGCUUUUAUGCAUGAAACUCAUUUAUUUUAUAAUAGUAGAUUAAAAAUGUCCAGAUUUCAUUUGUUAAGGGUGUCAGGAGUUUAGGGUGUCACCAGGAACCAAAACACACAAUAUCAUUAAUCCAACUUCAUACACCUCUGUUAUCAAACUAUGCAAAUCCAUCUGAUCACUCAGAUGUUUACCGUCUGAAACAUUUCCUUAAACCUUGAACUCUCAAGAUUACUGUACCUGAAAACCACAUUUCUAUCACCAUGAUGUUUCGUCUAGAUGUUCUGUUUGUCUUUAGUUGUGCCUUUUUCCAAUAGACGCCUUACUAUUGGUGUGUUGGUGUCAGUACAACACAAAUACUGUGUGAAGUUGUCUGUCUGAAUGUGUUGAACUGGAGAAAGACUUUGCAUUUUUUUUUUGUAUAUUAUGUAUUGGUGAUGUCCUGUAUUUUUAGCAGCUUUUUAAAAGUAUGUAUAUCAUUGUUUUAUAUUUGUAACUAACACAACAGAGGACAAUUUUUUUUUUCAACUUGUUUAUAUGUACCAAUUUAUCUUUAGUUCCCUGAUCUGCACAAUUAUGGACUCCAAACCAUUAAAUGUAUUGAUAAGCCUGAGACACUCUAGCCAGACCUGAGUCGAGCAGUAUUUGGAAAUAAUUGUUUGUUUUAACCUGUAUUGGGGUGCCGAAUGAGUUUCAAAAUGGGACAAUACCUCAUUUUCCAGCAUGUUUAGACAAUCCCUAUAAAGCAUUUAAAACGUC